AUGCAAGUCUUCAUCUGCUAUCCAAAGUGCAGACCCUGCCUGCCUGGAGAAUGCACCAAGUCGCAACUCUGUACCUGUGACAAAGGUUACAGGUUGAGUUCGAACCAACAAACUUGCGAACCGAUAUGUAAUGAUCCACACUGCGAUGGAAAAAUUUGCAUCAGUCCGGAUCGCUGCUACAGGAGUUCGACCUACUACAAAUUUUUAUUCGGUCAGUAUUGCAGUAGGGAGUGUGGGUUUGGCGAAUGCGUUGGUCUUAAUACCUGCAAAUGCUUCAAAGGCUACAAUAAGACGAAAGAUGGUCGGUGUUUCAAUCGGAUUUGUAACAAAGUGUGUGGAUUUGGCAAAUGCGUUGGUCCUAAUACCUGCGAAUGCUUCAAAGGCUACAAUAAGACGAAAGAUGGUCGGUGUUCCGAUCCGAUUUGUAACGAGGGGUGUGGACAUGGUAAAUGCGUUGAUCCUAAUACCUGCGAAUGCUUCAAAGGCUACAAUAAGACGAAAGAUGGUCGGUGUUCCGAUCCGAUUUGUAACGAGGGGUGUGGACAUGGUAAAUGCGUUGAUCCUAAUACCUGCGAAUGCUUCAAAGGCUACAAUAAGACGAAAGAUGGUCGGUGUUCCGAUCCGAUUUGUAACGAGGGGUGUGGACAUGGCAAAUGCGUUGGUCCUAAUACCUGCGAAUGCUUCAAAGGCUACAAUAAGACGAAAGAUGGUCGGUGUUCCGAUCCGAUUUGUAACGAGGGGUGUGGACAUGGUAAAUGCGUUGAUCCUAAUACCUGCGAAUGCUUCAAAGGCUACAAUAAGACGAAAGAUGGUCGGUGUUCCGAUCCGAUUUGUAACGAGGGGUGUGGACAUGGCAAAUGCGUUGGUCCUAAUACCUGCGAAUGCUUCAAAGGCUACAAUAAGACGAAAGAUGGUCGGUGUUCCGAUCCGAUUUGUAACGAGGGGUGUGGACAUGGUAAAUGCGUUGAUCCUAAUACCUGCGAAUGCUUCAAAGGCUACAAUAAGACGAAAGAUGGUCGGUGUUCCGAUCCGACUUGUAACGAGGGGUGUGGACAUGGCAGAUGCGUUGGUCCUAAUACCUGCGAAUGCUUCAGCGGCUACAGUAAGACGAAAGAUGGUCGAUGCACUUAUCCAAUCUGCAAAGAAGAGUGCAAACAUUCAUCAUGUACCAGUCCAGAUAUCUGUACUUGUCAGCCGGGGUACCAAAAACCCUUUGAGAAUUCGACAACGUGCGUUCGUCGCUGUACAACAUGUGACAACGGUAUGUGCGUUGGCCCUGAGAUUUGCCGUUGCCAUAGUGGAUUUGUAAAUCCCAACGGUAAUAAUGGAACCUGCGUCAAACGCAAGUCGAAGGGUAACCAUGACGUGUGUCCUGACAGUGGAUGCGAUUGCUGUCCUCGCUGGAAGGGGGAAUCCCGCAAGGCGUCACAUUGGUGUGCUAUCACGAAUCGUCAGAACUCUACAUACCCAGCAAGUGAGCGGAAGGAUUCGAAAAGAACUAACAAUACAAUCGGUUGUCAUCGAAUCAAGUGGGACGGACCAGUUUGUAAACAGGAAUGUUCCGACCAACUCGAUAAUAGCAGUAUCAACUUCACCGGUUGUUUCACGAACAUGGGUCACCGUCUCAUAGAGAUCGACUCACUGUGCAAUCGUUCCGUUGAGAAGACUUUCUUGGAAAAAAACAGAAUCUUGCUGAUCGGAACUGGGAUAGCAAUUCUAUUGAUCGCAGUUUUCAUCUGCAUUAUUGUUGCAGUAAAAAGAAGAGCCGAAACAACGGACAAAAUAUACAGUGAACCGGCAGAAUACGUAUCCAACAACUAUAUGGUAGAAAAUGACAUUUAUUCGCAAAGUUCGACUGUGUGAUUUGAAGUUUACCAACUCAUGCGUUGAAAAAUAUUGCAUACUCUCUGUAUAUAUUAUGUUAACUGUAUAUCUGUAAAUAUUCAAUUAUCAUUUGUAUUCUAAGGCCCAAGAUCGUAAGAUAGUUGACACGUGAAUAGAUCAAGUUUGCUCACAGAAUAAUGACGACACGUUCAGUGAUCGAUUUAAAUACCUACCCUGAUGAAUCUCAUUGACUGCAAAAAAUUCCAUUGCCGCAUAUUUUGGUCAACAAGAUUAUACGGGAACCGGAGUCGUCAAUAAAAUCUGCGCUGAAAGUUAAGCUGUCUAGAAUUACGGAAAGUCCCUUAUCAAGAGUCUUACACCAAGAAAUGCUGGUUGUUCUUCACCUGCGACGGAUUGCGUACCGGUUACAUCAUUGACGUCAGAGCAGCUCGUGACUGUGAACGUAAAUCUGGAAAAAACGAAACAGCCUACCAAAGAUCUGUCAAUAAGAGCAGAUGUGACAGUGGCUUGAAAGGCGAACCCUGCGAUGAGCCAGAUCUGUGUGUAAUCGCCGAACUCGACGGAGAAGAGGUUGCCAAACGAACCAGGAACGAUACUUCCGUAACCAACUGGCAAGAGUUCCCUGCUUGCCGACAGAAAUGUCUCGACGAACUACGCGGAAAAGUUGUCCAUUCUACCCAGAUUCUCGGAAACAUAACGUACCAUUUGAUUCCUGCUCAUUCUCAGUGCAACGGUACGGAAACUGAUGAGCCAUUUUAUGCGAAACAUACUGACAUAACGGCAGCAGUAAUCUUGGCAGGCAUAACAUUUCUGUUCGGGAUUAUCAGCACUGCUUGCAUCCUCCGGA